CCUUGAACCUCAUCUCCCCUACAACAUCGCCAUACCUCAACACCUUUCAUUCAGACCCAAUCUCCCUUCUCUCAUGAUCAAAAUUAUAUAUUUUUAUUCUCUCUAGAUACCACAUAGCAGGAUCAAAUCGCUGCACCGCGCAGCAACCUUCCUCCUCGAAGCCCAUCAUGUCUCCCUUCGACCUCUCCACCUGUGCACGCCCUAACAUCCUGCGUCUGCAGCCCUACCGCUGCGCACGGGAUGACUACAAGGAUGACGGGCACAACAUCCUCCUCGACGCCAACGAGAACGCCUAUGGACCCCCCAUCACUGCCGACGUUGUUACCGCCAAUAAUGGUGAUGUUGGUCCAGCCGCCAGUGUGGACCUCCUUGGCCUGCACCGCUACCCUGACCCGCACCAGCACGACCUCAAACGCCUCCUCUGCCGCCUGCGCAACACACACGACCACACCAACAAGGACCUGACCCCAGACAACCUCUUCGUGGGCGUGGGCAGCGACGAGGCCAUCGACGCUCUCCUGCGCGCCUUUUGCGUACCUGGCCGCGACACCAUCCUCGUGUGUCCGCCCACGUACGGAAUGUACUCGGUCAGUGCCCAGGUAAACGACGUCGGCCUCGUUCCCGUCCCGCUUCUCCCCGCGCCCACCUUCAGCCUCGACGUCCCCGCCAUCCUCGCCGCCCUGGACGCCUCGCAGACCAACGGCAUUAAGCUCGCCUACCUCUGCUCGCCCGGCAACCCCACAGGCGGGCUCCUGUCCAAGGACGACGUGCGCCGCGUGCUCGAGCACCCCACCUGGAACGGCAUCGUAGUCCUCGACGAGGCCUACAUCGACUUCGCCCCCGACGGAGCCAGCCUCGCCGAGUGGGUCGCCGAGUGGCCUAACCUCGUCGUGCUCCAGACCUUGUCCAAGGCCUUUGGCAUGGCCGGCGUCCGCCUGGGCGCCGCCUUUGCGAGCCCCGACGUCGCCCGCCUGCUCAACAGCCUCAAGGCCCCCUACAACAUCUCCUCCCCGACCAGCGCCCUGGCCUCGUACGCGCUCUCGGCCCAGGGCCUGGCCGCCAUGCGCGCCAACCGGGAGAGGCUCGUCGCCCAGAGGGACAGGCUCGUGCGCGAGCUGCCCCAGAUCCCCGGCGUGGGCAGGCUGCGCGGCGGCACGGCGAGCAACUUCCUGCUGUACGAGAUGCUGAACGCGCAGGGGGUGCCGGACAACAAGACCGCGCUCGCCGUCUACGAGGGCCUCGCCGAGACCAAGGGCGUUGUGGUGCGGUUCAGAGGCAAGGAGCAUGGGUGUGAGGGGUGUCUGCGCAUCACCGUCGGCACCGAGGCCGAGUGUACUAGGUUGCUGGGGGCGAUUAGGAAGAUGUUGGCUGAGGUGAGGGGCGUGGCCAGCCCGUCGACUGGGGGCAAGGAGGAAGAGAGACGGGAGAACGAGGCAAAUGGGGUUGUUGCUUAAAAAAAGAGGAUGGAUUAUGGAUAGAUGGAACGGGUCUCUAUUCUGCUUGGCUGGCCUAGAACAAGAGGGUCCCACCUUAGACAUACUCUUUGGUAAGGCGAUAAAUUGGAUAGAGAGAGAAGAAAAGUAAAUAAACAAAAACUUUCUAAUUCC